GUAUAAUUUGAGUCUGAAAUGCCAUACUUCCAUUUGGUUGUCCUCCGCUACCAAAUCUUUUUUUCUAUAACAUCCCCGCCUAUGCUCCUUUCAAAUUCUACUCCGCCAUUGUUGACCCUGUUGUCUAGCUAUUUCUACCAUCCAAGCUCCAAGUUGCAGCAACCCAAAAAUGGAAGUCGGAAAGGAUGAAAUCACGUCAGAGCAGAGAAGACGCGCCGAAGCAAACCGUCUAGCGGCCCUAGCGAAGCGCAAAACCAAUCAAGAAUCUUGGAAGCUUCUGAAAUGUCAAAAACCCUCGUCCGAAUCCACUCCAUCUAAUGCCGUUUUUCACAAACCUGAUCCAGUUUCUGCGCCCAACUCGCUUCACAAGCCCGAGUCGUCGCCUCCUCCCCUCGAGAGAUUCCGGGCCAGGCUAGAAAUUUGCUCUGCGGACUCGUUCUCUGUCACUCCCGUACCUGUACAGGGUCAUCCUUACCCUGGUCAAGAAGCCUGCUUCGAAAAGCUUAGAGAUAUACUCUCAUAUGUUGUGCCGUCACACUACACUCAAAAUACUGGAGGCGGAAGGGGUUGUGUGUAUAAGCUUACAGAUUAUGAAGCAGUUCUAAGGUCCAUUAAGGGAUGUAAAGAUGUUGAGUGUGAAGAAAUACCUUGGGGAACACUUAAUGUAGUUGAAAAGCUUUCACAUUCCAUCAUUCCUGGGAGAUGGAUACCUUGCAGGCCAGAGCAUCUUCCAGAUAAGAAGGUCAAUGAGUUGAUUAACGGACUUCCUAAAACAUUGCUAGACACCCUUCUACCUUUUCAGCUAGAGGGAAUAAGGUUUGGGCUGAGGAGGGGUGGAAGAUGUCUCAUUGCUGAUGAGAUGGGGCUUGGAAAAACCCUCCAGGCUAUUGCCAUUGCUAAUUGUUUUAUGAAUGAGGGUCCUACACUCAUUGUUUGUCCAGCUAUUUUGAGAUAUUCAUGGGCAGAAGAAUUGGAGCAUUGGAUUUCAUGUUUGCCUUCUGAUAUCCAUCUUGUUUUUGGUCAUCAAGACAACCCUUCUCAUUUAAGCAGAAUCCCAAGAUUUGUAGUCAUCUCAUACACAAUGCUAAAGCGCUUGAAAAGGAGCAUUCUAGAGCAUGAAUGGGCUAUCAUAAUCAUUGAUGAAUCACAUCAUCUUCGUUGUUCAAAGAAAAAAUCUGAACCAGAAGAGAUAAAAGCAGUUCUUGAUGUUGCAGUGAAUAUCAAGCGUUUAAUUCUAUUGUCAGGGACUCCCUCUUUAUCAAGGCCAUAUGACAUAUUUCAUCAGAUAAAUAUGCUAUGGCCAGGUUUACUUGGAAAGACUAAAUAUGACUUUGCAAAGACUUACUGUUCUAUUAGACUUGUGCAAGGAUGCCGAGGGAAAGCUUUCUAUGAUUUCUCAAAGGGGACACGUUUGGAAGAAUUACAUAUGCUACUUAAGCAGACUGUUAUGAUACGACGCUUAAAGGAACAUGUACUCGUUCAGCUGCCUCCCAAGCGUCGCCAAAUCAUAAGACUGGUUUUAAAGAAAUCAGAUAUUGCUUAUGCAGUUGCUUUAACUGAAGCGUCAGGAGGCAAUGCUCCAACACUUGAUGGCAAUAUGACACAUGUUGAACAUACUGUUGUGAAAGCUCUUGAUGAAGAUGAAGACAAUAGUGGCAAUCAAGAUUGUUCCGCAAAGCUCUCUGAUCAAGCACUUGGCAUUGCGAAAUUGUCGGGAUUCUGUGAAUGGCUCUCCAUACAUCCAGUCAUCACAGAAAUAGAUGGAGAUGAAACAGUCAGUGAGUUUGUUUCUGAGAAAGGUAUAAGCUAUGUUCGUAUUGAUGGACAUACACCUGCUUAUGAUAGGCAGUCUGCUAUUCAAUCCUUCCAGAGCUCAAAAGAGCUUAAGAUUGCAAUAAUUGGAAUACUUGCCGGUGGCUCGGGACUAAACCUGUCGGCUGCUCAAAAUGUUGUCUUUCUGGAACUGCCAAAGGAACCUGCACACAUGCAACAGGCUGAAGAUAGAGCUCAUAGACGCGGGCAAAAGAAUGCAGUCAACAUAUACAUCUUUUGUGCGAAGGAUACUUCAGAUGAAGUUUGUUGGCAGAACUUGAAUAAAAGUUUGCAUCGAGUUUCAUCUACAAUGAAUGGAAAGUAUGAUGCAAUACAGGAGAUAGAGGUUGAUGUUGUUUCUGAUGUCGGAAGAACUGAUAAAAUUGAAGAAAGGCUAUCCGGUGGGAAAAAUGGUCAACAACUUAUUUUACAGUCAAUAGAAAAUCAGAAUGCAUCCUAUAAUGAAUCAGAGAAGAUGAUGAGUAAUGGCAACCAAGAACAUGAUGAAAAUUGUACGCAUCGAUCAUUGUCUUGUUCAAAAAACCUUGAGCAAGCUACAACCAUUGCCAAAAUUGAUACAUCUUGUAGUUCUGAUAGUUCAGGUUCAAGUGAAUGCAAUCGAGAAGAGGAGAUCGGUGAUUGUGGAUCUGUCAAGCAAAUUGAAUCGAACAAUAAUAGCUCAAGUAAUCUAAAGUCUCUGCGAUUUGAGGUUAGCUCUUACACGGGAAGAAUCCAUUUAUAUGCUUGCAUUCCAGGGAUAGAUACAAGACCAAGGCCACUUUUUGAGAAUUUCCGGCAAGAGGAGCUAAAUUUCCCGUCUUUUCCUGUGGACAAUGAGGAAAAAAAUUACAAAUGUAUAAAGGAUGACCCAGCAUAUAACCAUGUUCUCAAGUCAUUCGUUGAUGAGUGGAACAGCUUGAGGCCAAUAAAACAAAGGAAAUUAAUGGGAAAGCCAUUACAAUUACCAUUAUCUACUGAGCUGUGCUGCUUGAAUGAUAACAUUGACUAUGACGAUGAGGGACUGUUGAAAGCUCGGAGCAAGAAAAGGACUACACCACUAAAUGAGAUAAGCCAUCCCUUGCCCUCAAAUGCCACAUGGAAGAGUGUCAGACUUGGUAGCAGAAAUAAAAAGGAGAGAAUAUUUACACAGGGGUGGUCAAACAAGGAUGAACCACUUUGUAAACUUUGUCAAUCUGUUUGCAAGAAAAGCUGUGCUAAGGCACCUGAAUACUUUGAAGAUCUCUUCUGCUCUUUGGACUGUCACGAAGAAUACAGAUUAAGAACAAGCCGUAGAUACAUGCGUGAGAGGCUUUUUGAAAUCGAGCAUGGUAUUUGCACGAAUUGUCAAUUAAACUGUCAUAAACUUGUGAAGCACAUAAGGCUUUUAUCACAUGAUAAGCGAGAAGAUCAUAUUAACAAAGUUGCUCCACAGAUUGCAAAGCGCAGAAAAUUACUCGAGAAACUUGUUCAUGAUCCAAAUGAAGGCAAUGCUUGGCAUGCUGAUCAUAUCACACCUGUAUAUAAAGGGGGAGGUGAAUGUUUUUUGGAGAACAUGAGGACACUUUGUGUUGCUUGCCAUGCAGAUGUGACUGCUGCACAACGUAAAGAAAGACAACUAGUGAGGCUGAAUGCAAAGAAGCAUCUUCAAGUUAUCAUGAGAAAUUUUAAAACAGCUGUGGAUCCUAAAACGGCUAACAAUAAAACAGAGGACAGUAGACAAUCCCCAGAUAGGGAGAGAAUGGAGGAGGAUAAUCUUCUCAUUCACAUCCCAGGAAGUUCAUAUUCAGUGCUUAAAAGCUCCAAUACAGCUGGGAGUGGAGAGGAAGCCUCUCCUUCAUAGCCUUUAUUUCCCUAUGUCUUAUUCUUUUGGGCAUUGUGGUUCAUACGUCCCCACCCCCCACUGCUCUCGUUCAACGUGCCUAUAAUGUUCUCGUUGUGCAGUUUUCGGGGAUUUUAAACAAAUCAACCCCAAAAUUUUGAGUUUAUUACUGUAUAGACAAUUUUGUUGUAUCCAACUAGUCUCAUCCUUUUGAAUAUAGUAGUAGUUGUUUG